GGGCUGCAAACUGUCGCGCUCCUCCGUCUCCAAGUGAACUGAGCUCGCUUGCUCCGAGAUUGAUUGUGUACACCGGAUAAGAGGAGGCCAGGAAAAAUAUGUCAAAAGUGGACCAGGACCCGAAUGCUUCACUGAGCAUCAUGGAGCAAAUCAAGCAGCUCAUCCGGCCGCCGCCCAACGAGGACGAGAAGCUGGUGCAGCGGACGACCAACACGAAGCAUCCAUACUACAGGCGACCGGGAAGGGGUCACAAUCACGACUAUUGCGACGCCUGCGAGGAGGGCGGCAAUCUGCUGUGCUGCGACCGCUGUCCCUCUAGCUUCCAUCUGCAGUGCCAUGAUCCUCCGCUGAGCGAGGAGGACAUACCCAGUGGCCAGUGGCUGUGCCAUAGCUGCCGCAUGGCCAAAGUGUCCCAGCCGCCGGCCUCCUCCUCGAAGGCCAGCUCCGUGGAGCGUGUGCCAUCGGCGGGCAGUGGCUCCCGGGCCAAUACGCCGUCCUCGGGCGAUUUGGAGUCGAUACCGCUGAAGAUACGCAAUCUUCGCAAGCGCAGCAACAGCGAACGCAACAGCACCGAGAAGCUGCUGGCCAAGAUGCCGCUGGCCAUACAGCGGGCCCUCGAUCCCAACAAGAAGCCGACGCCGCUGGACGACGUGAUCAGGGCGGCCAGCAUGCUGAAUCCGCAGCAGUUCUCGCUGCCGCCGGAACUGGAGCUGCACACCCAGUUUCCGGGCAACGGCAAGGUGCAGCCCGUCCAGCAGGCCCAGCCGCCCAGCGGCAAUGGCGGGCAUCGCAAGUGUGCGGCCAAUCAGCGUCGCAAUUCCAAGCCCUUCGAGCUGGACGCCCAGGGACUGGUGCCGCUGCCCGCCAAGACCUGUUUCUACUGCACGCGCUCCUGCAAACGAGCGCCGCUCAUCUCCUGUGACUACUGUCCGCUUUACUACCACCAGGACUGCCUGGAUCCCCCACUAACUGCACUGCCAGCCGGACUGUGGAUGUGCCCCAAUCAUGCCGAGAACUUUAUCGAUGCCAAUAUGACCAACAGCAUUUCGGCCACGGAACGGGUGCGCCUGUGGAAUCGCUUCCAUCAGCCGCUGGAUCACGAGAGCGUCAAGAUGGAGUUCUUCCGGCGCGUCAAUACUCGCCAUCCGCCGUUUCGCACCAAGACGCACUUGCGCGCCCGUGCGCACAUCGAGGUGCCGGCCAUUGUGCGCUAUCACUACGAACAUCCGCCGGCGCUGCUGCCCUCCAUGCGCCAAACGCUGCGCUACGAUCGGGUGAAGCGGCGCCGGAAUCUGCCCACCGCCGUCGAGGAGAUCUCGCGCGAGUCGGUGACCGAAUCGCUGCUGAAGGAUCUGGAGGCUCUGCGCUCGGCCCGAGCCAAGUUCCGUGAGAUUCAGCGCGAGUACGGCAGCGUGGAGACGGCGCUCGAGGGCGACAGCGACAGCGAUGCCAGUCCCGAGGAGCCCGAGUCCGAGACGAACUCACCCGGCGACAAAAUGAAUGGUGGUCUUGCGGAUGCGGAGAAUCCCAAAUCGACGGCGGAAUCCCAAACUCAGCUGGCCAACGAGCAGCAACCCCCGGUUGUGAAGGAUGAGGCCAAGGCCAAGGUCGAGGCCAAGGCCAGCCCGGAGCUGGAGGUGAGCUUCGAGGAGGACGAGGAGGAGAGCAAGGCGGGUGGCAUUAUCGAUGCCGACCUCUUCCACCUGGACGUGGAUAUCAUCAAGAAGCUGGCCCACCAGCGACUGCAGCAGCUGGUCGAAGAGCAUCCGGAGAUAGUGACGCAGUAUAAGAAUCGCACGGCCGCCCGCCGACUGCGCCAACUGGCAUCAGGCCAGGGAUCGGACAUGACCGCCCUGCAGGGCCAACUGGCACCGGAGGACAUGAAUCGUUUCUCGCUGCUGUUCACCAGCGAAACGUCAUCGAUACUGGCGCAAAAGAACGGCAAUGCCGCCGACGAGGAUCCCGCAAUGGCCCUGCAUCCGGCGCUGGCCACGGCGGCGGCCAUUGCCGCUGCAGAUGCGGCCGCCGAGAGCUAUGUGCCGCGUGCGCGCAGCGACACGGAGAAGGCCUACGAGCUGGCCACGCGCCUCGAGCUCAAGCUGCUGCAGUGCAAGGUGCAGGCGCGGGCGGUGAUCACGCCGCUGGGCGACAUGCUCGAGGACAGCCGCUGGUUCACCUCGCUGGGCCUGGGCCACUCGAUCUUCAUGCGCUACCGCACGCUGUACAUCGGCUACGGUGGCCACUACUCACCGUCCACGACGCUGGGACAAACGGAGACGGUGGACCUGUCGGCGAUCGGGUACUGCUGCCGCAUUUCGCCGCAGCACGCCAUCAUCUUCUACGACGAGUUCUCGAAGUCGUACGAGCUGAUCAACUACUCGGAGUUCGGCACCGAGGUGAACGGGCAGCUGUACACCUGCGACCUCACCGACAGGAUGCCCACGCAUGCCGGCAAGCGGAUGCGACCGGACGAUGCCGAACUGAAGCGGCGCGUCGACGAUCUGCUGGACAAGCGGCGGAACAUCCAACGUCAGUUCGAGUCCAAGAGGAACAGCAAAGAUAGAUUGGCGCCCAUUGUGAAGCCCGCCUGCCGCUGCACGAACGCCCAAUCCGUGCCCAUGGUGGCCGGAGCCUGGGAGGGAUCCGCUGUGCUGGCCCACGGCAGCCUGCUCCGCUUCGGCUGUCUGUCGUUUGUGUUUUCGGUGCCGUCGUUGGACAUGCUGCAGGCGCAGGCGCGCUGCAAGCGAUCGUAGGACCAAGACAUCCUUAUCCUCAUUCCCAUCCCGCUCCCGAUCCCGAUCCCAUUGCCCAACUAGUUUAAGCACACACACACACACACACACACAGCACCAAUCUCAGUGGGGCAGCUUGUAGACAGGGUUAUAGGGUUAUAGGUUUAGCAAACAAUUCAGUUUCAUUGCCAUCGGCUUUACAUAUUUGGAUUUCUCCCAUUUUAGGAUUAAGCAAUUUCAUCGCAAUUAUCUUCGCAAUUUAAUGCCUCGGCUUAAACAUCAUUUAACACUUUGAAUCACACACAAAUUCAAUCAAUGAUUUUUGUAAUAAAAAAACGUAGAAAUUGGCCUGUGAAAUGUGUAGAGAGUUACUAAUUCACACAUUUAAGACUACCAAGCUGCGUGUUUUUAUUUAAUUUAUCACACUAUUCAUCGAUCGUGGGUAAACUACUACGAAUUACACCCCAUUAAUUGUAUUUCUAAUUGUAUAAAUAAAUUGUAUAGAUUGCAAACAUGAAAUAAACUUGUAAGAAUCA